AUGACGAACUCACGGGCUUUCGAGACGGCCCUGAGCCUCUGCCACAAGUCCACCGUUCUCGGAAACAAGAUCGCGAUCCAUAUGCUCGAGUUUUUGGGCACGACGAAACAUCAGCCGCAGGGUCUUGAGGAGCUCGCACGCGAUUUCCUCGAGCUUUGCAAGAUCAUGUGGUCGAUCGAGGCCGGUCUUGUCGAGUGCAAGAGAACAGGCCAACAUUUCCCUACGGAUGUCAUUGUCGAGCUCGACAAGAAGUUCAAGCAAAGCAACUCGGACUUCCUCGCCCUCGACCACAUGAUUUCCAAAUUCCUCGAGUACGACAAGCGCGGCACAAUGGGGAGACUUCAGCGGGGCUGGCGCAAGAUGUUUGCCGAGGAUGACGUCGGCAAGAUGAGUAGCGCUUUGGGUGCGACGCGGGAUGCGCUCAAGAUGAGUGCCCUCAUGUUCCAAUGGUCUCUUGGCGAGAGCCGCAUCGACGAGUCUGUGGGCAUUGGCUACACAGGGCUUGCUGCCGCCCUGGACCGGUUGGCUCAUGGCCGUUCUGUUGCCGGCAUCAACAAAGUAAAGUCGCUUGAGGCACACCACGCCGAGCACGAGCGCAGUCUCGCUCACUCGAGCAGUUUCGAGAAGCUGCCACCCCUUCCUUCGACCUCCCUCAACGGCAGAGACGAAGCCUCGAUGCUCAGCCCUGGUCUCAGCUCGAACCACAGUCAUAUGUCGCCGCCCUCCGCGUAUACGUCCCGGGACGACCACACUGUUCGCUCCCAACGCAUUCGUCGUCACGCGUCCAUGUCGGGCCAAACCACUUCAUCCCACGGAGACAGAAACACCCCACACGAGACUCGCGACACUCUCUUUUCUUCAAGUGAGGAGUCCUCGAAUGGUCUGACAGACGACACCGUCUUCAGCGACAUCGACCUGUCCGACUCGCACGGGCCUAUCAAGGUUGUCAGACUUAAGGCUGAUCCCUCUUCCAUGCCCCGGUGGGCACCCCGGACUACUUCUAUCAACCAGACACCUUCUUUUAAGACGGCCCUCAUUUCUGCUGUCCAAGCACGGAAUGCUUCCGUGGUUGAGCAGCUGCUUGACCGUGGCGUUUCGCCCGAUACUGGCCUCGAAAUCAAUGUGCUCAACGAGUCCGUUCUCCACCACGACCUGGAAACAGCUCGCCAGCUCCUCAUGUUUGGUGCAGAUGCCAACAGCGUCGAUUCGCGCGGUCUCACUCCUCUGUUCCUGGCUGUCGAGCACUCUUUCCUCGAUGGCGCUGCGCUUCUCCUCAAGUACGGCGCUGAUCCCAACCUGGCUGCCGGCAUGGAACACGAGACUCCCCUGGCAGUUGCCGCCGUGGAGAACAAGUUCCAGUUCACACGCCUGCUGCUGAUGUAUGGUGGUGACGCCAACCACAAGCUGUCGAACGGCGAGACGGUUCUCAUGAAGGCGAUUUCGCGCAAGUGCUCGCAGAAGGUCAUUGACCUCCUCCUCGACUACGACGCUGACCCGAAUCUCAAGAGCCGGAAGGGAGAGUCACCGUUGUUUGAGGCCAUCAACGCUGGCCGUGUCGACACCGUGACGAGCCUGCUUGACCACGGUGCCAAUCCCAAUCUGCCGGGCCCGAAGCACAUGCUCUGGCCGGCCAUUCAUCAGACCGGCUGUCUCAGGGUCCUCCUUGCUCGGGGUGCGGAUUACAAGAAGGCGCCUGGUAUCAUGGAGCAAGCAGCAUCCACGAACAACCUCGAUUCCGUUCGUGUCCUCCUCGAAGCCGGUGUCGAUCCUAAUGCGAAGAAGGAUGGUGUAUACACGCCUCUUUGCACCUCAAUCCGCGACGAUCUCCCUGAGAUUUUCCACCUCCUCCUGGCCAAGGGUGCAGACCCCAAUGUCCCAGCGUCCGAGUACCCCGCCUUCAAGUGUGUCACUCACUUCCGCCCGCAGUACAUGCAGCCUCUCGUCGAUGCUGGCGCCGACCUGCGGUCUCCAAAGGGUAUCAUUGAAACUGCUGUCCAGUUCAAGAAUGUGGAGGCACUCAAGUGGCUUCUGAAAGCCGGCGUGUCUCCCAACGACCGGACACCCAAGACAAAUGCCACUCCCCUGACCACCUCAAUCCGGGAGAAGCGCAAGGACUUUGUGCAGAUGCUGCUCGAGAACGGCGCCGAUCCCAACAUUCGUGGCGAGGACUGGCCCGUGUUCUUGGCUGUUCACGAGCCAGAGAUUCUCAAACUCAUUCUCCCAUACCUCAAGGAACCCCGGGCUUACAAGGGUGUCAUGGAGAGAGCCGUGGUUGCCAACCAGCUUGAGUCUUUGAAGCUUUUGCUGAACGCGGGCGUCAGUGUCGAAGACCGCAACGGCGGUGUCUUCAGCCCGCUGACCUCUGCCAUCCGCGAUCGCCAAAAGAACUUCGUCAAGUACCUCAUCGACGAGGCUGGCGCCGACGUCAACGCGCCGGGUGAGCACCUGCCCAUCGUCAAGGCGCUGCGCCGGUAUGAGGGUGAAGAUUACGAGAUCAUCGAGAUGCUGCUCGCCAAGGGUGCCGACCCUAACAAGAUUUACCGCGGCCACAGCGGCUUCAUCCAAGCAAUUGAGAACGGGGACUCCAAGGUCCUCCAGCUGCUGGUGGACCGCUGCGGAGUUGAUCUCUCAGCGCAAGACGACCAAGGACAGACGAUUGCAGAGAUCGCCGAGUCUCGCGGCUGGGACGAGGGUCUCGAGAUUAUCCUCGCCGGUAGUCAGAAAUGA